GAAGCUUCUGAAACAUUGGACGCCUCUCUUGUCCCUGAUCUAAACAUCACCAGUCGAUACACAGAAACACAGGUGUGUCUUGGAGCAUGAAGAGCCUGAACAACCGGGCCGAGAGCCACCUGACCGGGCAGGUGGAGCUGGACAAUGUGGGUAACGGGGCCUGGGUGAACCAGGGCUACUGUGGCUCCCCUCCACCCCUGCCCAAGGCUGUCAGCACCAUCUACAACCCCCAGCCCCUCUACCAGGUCUCCGUGGACAGCAUGUACAAACUGGACAGUCCAAGCCCGUUCCCAGAGAAACCACCAUCCACUGACCUGGGUCUGAUGGAAAAACGAAGAGGCUGCUGCUCUUUUAUCAAAGGGCUGUGGGGCACAACAUUGACCGAAAACACCUCUAACAACAGGGAACUGUUUGUCCGAACCACUCUACGGGAGUUACUGGUCUACGUGGUGUUCCUGGUGGACAUAUGCCUCUUGACAUACGGUAUGACCAGCUCGAGCACCUACUAUUACACUAAAGCCAUGACGGACCUGUUUGUGAAUACAGCUGGUGAAGGCGGGGUCAGGUUUCAGUCCAUUAGCACCAUGGCUGACUUCUGGACUUAUGCCCAGGGCCCAUUACUGGACGGCCUCUACUGGACAAAAUGGUACAAUAACCAGUCCCUGGACAGCAAGGACCAGUCCUUCAUCUACUAUGAGAACAUGCUGCUGGGAGUCCCCAGGAUGAGGCAGAUCAAGAUCAAAAACAACUCCUGCAAGGUCCACAAUGACUUCCAAGAUGAGAUCUCGGGAUGCUUUGAUGUGUACAAUAACAAUAAGGAGGACGACUUCAGUUUUGGCCUCAUUAAUGGCACUGCCUGGACCUACCACACAGAGAAAGAAAUCAAAGGUUCCUCUCACUGGGGCCUGCUGACCACCUACAGUGGAGCAGGAUACUACCAAGACCUGAAUCGGACCAAAGAGGAGAGCGCCGUUGCACUGACAGAACUACUGGACAACCUCUGGCUGGACCGAGGAACCAGAGCGGUCUUCAUAGACUUCUCCACUUACAACGCAAACAUCAACAUGUUCUGUGUCAUCAGGUUGCUGGUUGAAUUCCCAGCGACAGGUGGGGCGAUCCCUUCCUACCAGAUCCGGACAGUCAAACUGAUUCGCUACAUCACCACUUGGGAUUACUUUAUCCUCGGCUGCGAGAUGGUCUUCUGCGUGUUCAUCCUCUAUUACAUUGUGGAGGAAAUUCUUGAGCUACGAAUACACAAGCUCUCCUACUUCAAGAGCAUCUGGAACAUACUAGAUAUUGUUGUCAUAAUGCUCGCCAUCGUUGCCAUCAUAUUCAAUAUUUUCCGAACUGUCAAGGUUGACAACUUGCUUGGAAAACUGCUAGAACAACCUGGUAUCUAUGCUGAUUUUGAGUUUCUAGCAUUCUGGCAAACACAGUACAACAACAUGAAUGCGGUGAACUUGUUCUUCGCGUGGAUCAAGGUUUUCAAGUACAUCAGUUUUAACAAGACCAUGACUCAGCUGUCCUCUACACUGGGUCGAUGUGCUAAAGACAUCUUAGGAUUUGCCAUUAUGUUCUUCAUCGUGUUCUUUGCUUAUGCUCAACUUGGGUAUUUGCUCUUUGGGACUGAGGUUGAAUCUUUCAGCACCUUCGGAAAGUGCAUCUUCACACAGUUCAGAAUUAUUCUCGGAGACUUUGACUAUGAUGCCAUCGACCGUGCAAACAGAGUUCUUGGGCCAAUCUACUUCAUAACUUACGUGUUCUUUGUUUUCUUUGUUCUGCUGAACAUGUUUCUGGCUAUCAUUAAUGACACAUAUUCAGAGGUGAAGGAGGAGCUCUCAUCACAGAAAGACGAGCUGCAAUUUACUGACAUCAUUAAGCAGAGCUAUAUGAAGACAUUUAUGAAGCUGAAACUUAAGAAAGAGAAAAUAUCAGAUGUUCAGAAAGCUUUACACUCCGGAUCUGGUGAAAUUGAAUUCAACGACUUCAGAGACACUCUUAAAGAGAUGGGACAUGCUGAUCAUGAAAUUACUGCAGCCUUCUCACAGUUUGACCGCGAUGGGAACCAAAUACUAGAUGAGGAUGAACAAGAAAGGAUGAAAAUUGAGCUGAGGCAAAAGAGGGAUGCUCUUAGUGCUGAACUCAACAAUCUUGGGAUGAAUUACGGCAAAGAAUUAUUUGAGAAGCCUCCUGUCACAUCCAACGAGCAAAAGAGUCACUCCAGUAACCCUCCCUUUCCCCUUGUGGAUCGGGAACAGUUCCUAAGACUGGCCAGACAGGUUCUCCAGCUUGAAAGCUCUGUAGCAGGUGUCACAGCCAGGAUCGAGCUGAUUAUGGAGAAACUGGGAUUACAAGAGAAAGCUAAAGGAAAUGAAACAACAGGAAAACUGCCUGUGCCCAAAAAUGAUAGAGAUGAAACUGCCUCAGAGGUCUCUGUCCUGGUUUGUGUGGACAGAGCAACGAAGGCCAAGAUGUCAUCCAGAAAACCAGCAGUUAUCUCUGACUCCACAUUCGACUGUCGUAUGUGAUUCACAUGAGAAACAGAACCGUGAUUUAUCUGGAAAUCAGCAGACACAACUACAAUGUUCAAAUUCUUUUAGCUCAGAUCAGCUAAUCAACCAAUGCUGACAGUAUGGUAAUAUUCAAACUAACACUCAUUUCAUUGAAAUAUGUAAAUACUGUAUAAAUAUUUUUCAAACUCUUUGCUUACUAGGCAAAUGCACUAGAGCUAAUAUUACAAACUGGCUAAAGUUUAAGCCCAGAUAUAUAGAAAACUACAAUGUUGUAGGUGAGAUCUGACUGUAAAUCUAUGCAUUAUUGGUGUAAUAUACAUAUAUUUGAACAGUAGGUGAAUAAAAGUUAAGCAAUAUAAUCCAAUAUUAGGCAAUGUAUAUGCCACUUAAUAUCUGUCAUUUAAUGUUUAUUAUCUUCGUGUUGCAGUUGCUCAAAGCCGUAUAUACAUUUUAAUGAAAUGGUUGACCCACUUUCCAACAAUACUGCAAGCAAAAAGUUUUUUGAGCAAAUGUCUUAAAAGUAUGUGCUGCCCAGGAUAUUUAAAAUUUAGAUGGUACAUACAUCUAGUUUAAUACCUGUUAAAUAUGUGUUUUACUGUGUCUGGUAGAUUUACUCAAAAGACAAUUUUACAGUGUAUACAUGCUCUGCAGUGUAUUAGUGCCUAAUAAAUGUACUGAGCAACA